UCAUCCCUCUCUUUCUUCUCUCAUCCCUUUCCUCUUCACUUCUCACUUUACCCUUUUCCCGACCCAAAAGAGGAAAAAAAAAUUGCUUCUCUUAUAAUAUUCUCUGUUAUUUCUUCAUCUUCAUCUCACUCUUCACUUUUCACAUAUAUAAUCAGCUCUGGAGCUCCACAGUCGAUCAUUCCUCUCCAUGGCUGCUUUUCCGAGAAGCUCGUCGAGCUUGGAGCUGACUAUUUCUGUCCCGGGUUUCACUUCAUCUCCUCGUCAAAGUGAAAAUAUUAAUGGGUUCUCGGUGAGGGAUCUGGACAUAAACCAAGUACCCUCGGAUGCCGACGGGGAGGAGUGGAUGAUGAUGAACGCAUGCACGGAGGAUGAAGACGAGAGCUCCUCCAUUAAUGGCGGCGGCCCUCCCCGCAAGAAGCUCCGCCUAUCCAAGGAACAGUCCCGCCUCCUCGAAGAAAGCUUCAGACGAAAUCACACCCUAAACACCAAGCAGAAGGAGGCAUUGGCGAUGGAAUUGAAGCUAAGACCCAGGCAGGUCGAGGUCUGGUUUCAAAACCGUAGGGCCAGGAGCAAGCUGAAGCAGACGGAGUUGGAGUGCGAAUACUUCAAGAGGUGGUUCGGGUCGUUGACGGAGCAGAACCGGAGGCUGCAGCGGGAGGUUGAGGAGCUGAGGGCCAUGAAGGUGGGGCCACCCACCGUCCUCUCCCCGCACAGCUCGCAGCCUCUUCCGGCUUCCACCCUCACCAUGUGCCCUCGCUGCGAGCGUGUCUCCUCCACCGAACCCAUCAGCACUGCCAAUGUCCCCGUAACCACCACCGCUGUGGCCCACCUCUCCUCCAAACCCUCAUCUGGGCCGGCUUCUCCUCUCCAGCCGAGGCAAUCACCCGCGGCUUGUUAGUCAAGACCUUCUCGAGUUGUUUUUGACCUGGGAUGAAAUCAUCAUCAAUAUCCAAAAUGUAGCUAGAAUUGUUCAUAGUAGUGUAGUAGUUUCAGCCGACAAAUCAAUAUAUCAAAACAUGCUAGCUAGGGCUUGGGGGCACAUAUAGGAUAACAUUUAAGGGGAGUCUGUGGGUUUUGAUUGGACCGGAUAUCAUGGAAACUGUUACUAAUUUAUGGCCUUUCUUCA